CCGAGCGGAGCGGAGCCGGACAGCGGUGGCAGCGGCAUGGAGCCGGGGCUGGGAGUCUUCGGGAACCCCAAGGUCGAACUUCACCUUCACCUGGAUGGAGCCAUCAGGCCAGAAACAAUCUUGCACUUUGGCAGGAAAAGAGGGAUCGCUCUCCCUGCCGACACUGCUGAUGAACUCCUGAAGUAUGUCAGCUACAAAACACCACUGACACUCAGCAAAUUUCUAGAGAAGUUUAAUUACUACAUGCCUGCCAUUGCGGGUGACCGGGAGGCAGUGAGGAGGAUUGCCUACGAGCUUGUGGAGACAAAAGCAAAGGAAGGCAUCGCCUACGUGGAGGUCCGGUACAGCCCUCACCUCCUGGCCAACUCCCACGUGGAUCCCAUCCCCUGGGGCCAAACUGAGGGAGACCUCACUCCAGAUGAAGUCGUUAGCCUCGUAAAUCAGGGACUACAGGAUGGAGAAAGGGAUUUCCACAUCAAAGCCAGGUCUAUUCUAUGCUGCAUGCGCCAUAUGCCAAGCUGGUCUCCAGAAGUUGUGGAGCUCUGCAAGAAAUAUCAAAACAACUCUGUGGUGGGCAUUGACCUGGCUGGGGAUGAGACCCUGAAAGUGAAUAAUUCCUCUAAGCAUAAGGCAGCGUAUGAGGAAGCUGAAAGAUGUGGGAUUCAUCGCACCGUCCAUGCUGGAGAGGCUGGUCCAGCUGCCAUGAUCAAGGAGGCAGUCUAUCUCCUGAAGGCUGAGCGCAUUGGCCAUGGUUACCACGUGCUGGAGGACCCUGAGCUCUACAAGGAGUUGUUGAGAACAAAGAUGCAUUUUGAGGUCUGCCCCUGGUCCAGUUAUCUCACUGGAGCAUGUCUGCCAGACUUCACGAAACACCCAGCAGUACAGUUCAGGAAGGAUCAAGCAAACUUUUCUUUAAACACAGAUGACCCCCUUAUCUUUAACUCCAACAUUGACAAGGAUUACAGCAUAGUGAAGGACUACAUGGGCUUCACUGAGGAGGAAUUCAAGAGAGUGAACAUCAAUGCAGCUCAGUCCAGCUUCUUACCAGAGAAGGAAAAGCAGGAGCUGCUCAACACCCUGUACCAAGCCUAUGGGAUGGUCCCCAACGCAUCGUGACCCAUCCCUGGGAGCCAGCAUGGAGCAGUGACCCUUCUUCAUGCAUGCUUGACCCUUCCCUGUGCUGGUGGGAGCACAAGGAGAAGGUGCCCAGAGUGGGUCUCUAUUACAGGCACCCCCAUGUUAACCCUUACAGUGCUAAGCAGAAUCAGGCUACCACAUGCACCUACCUGUCACCCCCCCAGCCUGUCUCCCAAAUGGAUAUCCAGCUUCCUAUCUUGUUUUUGUGCAAGCAGACUGAAGCUGCUUCCUGGCCCAUCUUUCUGUGCUCCAAAUUGAGAACAGAAGAACCUUCCUUGAUUUUUCUUUUCUCCUCUUGCCUUGCUUUAUCAGCCCCACUGAUCUGCCCAGCCCUUUUCUGCAGUGCUGAAAUAGCCACCUUUACCUGUGUGGCCUGGGUUUAUUGUCACCUCUGUAGGAAAAAUGUGGGUUAGUGCUGAGGAGAAGUAAGCAGGCACGGCAGAAAGAGGCUUCAUUCCCAUCCAGGUGAGGAGGAGGGUUUCACCACAGCUUAUUUACCCAGUAUUGAUCUUAUAUUAACAAGACUGGAUCAAGAACCAACUAGAAGCUGAUGCUUGUGCCCACACACAGGUCUGAAGGGCAUUAGAAAAAGAAAAAAACAAAUGCCAACACUUUUGAGCAUCCUUUCUUGGAUAAGGAACUCACAUGUAUCAGUCACUGUCACAGCAGCACAUACCUUGGGCUUGGGCUCAGGCCCAGCUGGGCUCAUAGCUGGCUGUGCCCAUGCUUGCACAGCCAUAGGGAGCUGGAACAUAUUUUUACCAUUUUGGGGCCAAACUUUGCCUUCUGGGACUUUUCCCAGUUUUGUACUCAUCCUGGAGAAUUCCUGUGAACUGCAGUUUGCUCUUCAUCUUUGUUUAGGACUUGGAAAAAUACAGGAGCGAUUGCCUGUUUUACCCCCUCUGCCCUCUUCCUGGCUUGAUGUAAUCUUUAGGCACUAUAAAAACUGAAUAAGUCAGUUGAUAAGCUAGGGCUCAGGGUCACCUCCUGACUCUGGUCCCAUCUGAAUUUCUUCUCUCACUCAACCACAACACUGGCUAGAAGUCCAGUCCUCUGUUUGGUGCAGAAUUUAUACAGAAACAUUCACCAAAAUUCCUAGGUGAAUUUGGUGCAUUAUAAUAAUUUUAUUUACUCUUUACUAUGCAAAAGCACUGUGCACCCAGAGAGGAGACCAUUUUUUUCUUAGGUGUGUGUGUGGUGUGCUUUAACAUCCCAGGUAUCUGCCAAGAUGUUUACUCCAAAGAUACUGUACCAAAAAGUUGCCUUUGGUAAGGGGCCGUGGUCACCACUACCAUGGGUAGUGUGAGGCUGCUCUGGUCUCAGCCAGCUGGGAAUGUUCCCAUUCUUUCUGGGCUUCCAUUUUUGUCUUUUGAGUAAAAAAACCUCAUCUCUGACGUUCAUGGUGCAUAUCCACAACUAUAUAUAUAUAGCUACAUAGAUUGAUAUGAGUGAAUUUCUUACUUUUAUAAAGCAUCACCCUUCAGAACAUGAUUGCAGUAAGAACCAGGCUUUUCUGGGGUAAUUUUUCUGAAAAACUGUUUCUGAAGAAGAGUUGCUUGUUUGGAUUCUGGACAGUUGAUUGUUAAUCAUGUUUAAUAAAAUAACA